GACUGACUGUAAUCAGUGCUAUAGAAAUAAAAGUGAAGUGAACUGAAUAAUACAACAUUUAGAACAAAAAGUUAUCUGAAAAGUUUAAAUCAGAAAACCUGAUAAAGAAAAUGUAUUUUAGUUUCAAUAUUUUCCUCAUUCUUUAACUAAUCACUGAAUAAAACAUUGAAUAAAAACAGUAAACAUAAACAGUAAAUAAAAACAUCUCCUUCCAGUCUGUCCUCCCCCUCCCCCCCCCCUCCUCCCUCCAGCCGUUGACGUCCGUUUCUCCUCCUCACCGGUUUUCUCUCCGGUUUCUCUCCGGUCCAGUCAUGUAGUCCUCACAACUCCGUCCUCCGGUUUUUUCUCUCUCCACUUUCUCAAACUCUCCGCUUUUUUGCGCUUUUUUUUCCCCGCCGCUGCAGGACUUCUGGACUCCUCCGGUUCCGCCGUUAAUCCGGUCACCGGCCACCGUCGUGACUCCUGACUGUUUCCUGGCAGAGUUGGACGCCGGUUAACGGCUCUAAUGAGCGCGCCUCCGCUGAUCCGUGCGCCCAGUCCGCUGCCGUUCUCACCGGGGACCGGCAGCUCCGCCACCGGCACCGGGGGAGGCGGAGGCGGAGGAGGAGGCGGUGUGAUCUCCUUCCACAUCCAGAUCGGUCUGAGCCGGGAGCCGGUGCUGCUGGACGCCGCGGAGCUCAGCCUGAGCCAGGUCCGGGAGGUGGCGUGCUCCAUCGUGGACCAGAAGCUUCCAGAGUGUGGUUUCUACGGGAUGUACGAGAAGAUCCUGCUAUUCCGUCAUGACCAGACGUCUGAGAACGUUCUGCAGCUGCUGCGAUCUGCUUCUCAGAUCCAGGAAGGAGAUCUGGUGGAGGCCGUACUGUCAGCGUCGGCCACAGUGGAGGACUUCCAGAUCCGUCCCCACUGCCUGUUCGUCCACUCGUACCGAGCUCCGGCCUUCUGCGACCACUGUGGGGAGAUGCUGUGGGGACUUGUGAGGCAGGGGCUCAAAUGUGAAGGUUGUGGUCUGAAUUAUCACAAGCGCUGUGCCUUUAAGAUCCCGAACAACUGCAGCGGCGUGAGGCGGCGCCGCCCGUCGAACGUUUCCCUGACAGGCGGCAUCAUCAACAUGGGUCGACCGCUAUCUGCUGAGCCUUCGCCUCCACACUACACCGACGAUGCUUUACUGUCUCCAGUCAGUCCCAGUAUGGAGCAGAAGAACCAGUUGGACUACUUCCCCGGCAGAGAGCGUCGUUCCAGCUCCCAGUCGUACGUCGGCCGUCCCAUUGAGCUGGACAAGAUCUUACUGUCAAAGGUCAAAGUUCCUCACACAUUCCUGAUUCACUCGUACACCCGACCGACCGUCUGCCAGCACUGCAAGAAGCUGCUGAAAGGCCUCUUCAGACAAGGACUGCAGUGUAAAGAUUGUAAGUUUAACUGUCAUAAACGAUGUGCACCAAAAGUGCCAAACAACUGCCUGGGAGAAGUUUCCAAAAACGGAGAGCUGCUGAGCCCAGGGGCGGACUCAGACGUCGCCAUGGUGGAGGGUUGCGAUGACCACGACGUUGACAGAGGUGGCGGCCUGCUGGAUGACAUGGAUGAGGCUCUGACAUCAGAGGGGAGUCUGCUGCUGGAGGCGGUGCCAAGUGACCUCUGCGACCUACACGACCCCGACCUGGACGAGUCCAACCGGGCCAUCAGUCCGUCCACCAGUAACAACAUCCCGCUGAUGAGAGUGGUUCAGUCCGUCAAACACACCAAGAGGAAGAGCAGCAACGUGAUGAAGGAGGGCUGGAUGGUCCACUACACCAGCAAGGACACUCUGAGGAAAAGGCAUUACUGGCGGCUGGACAGUAAAUGCAUCACGUUGUUCCAGAACGACACCGGCAGUAAAUACUACAAGGAGAUUCCUCUAUCAGAGAUCUUAUCUCUAGAACCUGCUCAGACCUUCUCUCUACUGCCUGAUGGAGCUAAUCCUCACUGCUUCGAGAUCGCCACGGCGACACUGGUUUAUUAUGUUGGAGAGAAUCUGCAGAGAGCCGACUCCUCGGUGACAGGCAGCAGCAUCCUGGUCAGCGGUGUGGGUCAGGAUGUGGCCCGGAUGUGGGAGAUGGCGAUCCAACACGCUCUGAUGCCGGCUGUUUCCACUGGAAUCUGUCACAGUUCCCAUCGCAGUGGACACAAGGAGGUCUCCAUCAGCAUUUCUGUCUCCAACUGCCAGAUCCAGGAGAACGUGGACAUCAACUCAGUUUAUCAGAUCUUCCCAGACGAGGUUCUCGGAUCGGGACAGUUUGGUAUCGUUUACGGAGGGAAACACAGGAAGUCCGGCAGAGACGUCGCAAUAAAGAUCAUCGAUAAACUGAGAUUCCCCACAAAACAGGAGAGUCAGCUACGCAACGAGGUGGCAAUACUGCAGAGUCUUCACCAUCCAGGAGUGGUGAACCUGGACUGCAUGUUUGAGACUCCAGAGCGAGUGUUUGUGGUGAUGGAGAAGCUCCAUGGAGACAUGUUGGAGAUGAUCCUGUCCAGUGAGAAGGGCCGACUGCCGGAGAGGAUCACCAAGUUCUUGGUCACACAGAUUCUGGUGGCUUUACGUCAUCUGCACUUCAAGAACAUCGUCCACUGUGAUCUGAAACCUGAGAACGUCCUGCUGGCGUCUGCAGACUCUUUUCCACAGGUGAAGCUGUGUGACUUCGGAUUCGCUCGUAUCAUCGGUGAGAAGUCGUUCCGGCGUUCGGUGGUCGGUACUCCGGCGUAUCUCGCUCCGGAAGUCCUGAGGAACAAAGGUUAUAACCGAUCUCUGGACAUGUGGUCGGUCGGAGUGAUCAUCUACGUCAGUCUCAGUGGGACGUUUCCUUUCAAUGAGGACGAAGACAUCAAUGAUCAGAUCCAGAACGCUGCCUUCAUGUAUCCUCCUCACCCCUGGAAGAAAGUCUCACAGGAAGCCAUCGACCUGAUCAACAACCUGCUGCAGGUGAAGAUGAGGAAGCGCUACAGCGUGGAUAAGACCCUCAGCCACCCCUGGCUCCAGGACUACCAGAUGUGGUUGGACCUGAGGAACCUGGAGUCUCGUAUGAACGAACGCUACAUCACCCACGAGAGCGACGACCUCCGCUGGCAUCACCACGCUCAGCUCAGCGGCCUGGACUACCCGUCACACCUGGCCAACGGUCCCCAUGGCGACGGCAUCGUCAUGGAGCGCUACCAGGAGAAGGAGGAGGAGCUGGAGACGCUCAGCGAGAGGGUCAGCGAGCUGUGAGGACGAGGUCAUCCACAGAAAACACGACGAGUGUAAGAAAACGAAAGAGAGAACAAACCAGGAGACGACCUGCAGGUGAAUCCAAACACGUUUAAAGACGACAAAUAAAAACAGCUUGUUGAAUUCAUUAAAAAAAAGGUCCGAAUUAUCACCUAAAAUCACUUCAUAUUUUAUCGAGCUGCAGCAGGAGUCCAGCAGAAUCCAGAUCUGUGGUCAGGAUACUUCAUAAGCCUUCUAUUUAUCUCAUCAACCUGAGAAGUCCUUCUUUUCUAUUGAUUUGAUCCUGUUAUUAGGAUUUGUUCUGUCUCUACAAACUUAUUUAUUACUUCUGCUGAUUUCUAACUAUCAGUCCUUGUUUUGUUGUUUUUUCAUUUGGCAUCCUUCUGUGUAGUUUAGAACGGAGCAGCUUUCACUAUUUUAACACAAAAUGCAGUAAAUGGUUUUCUUUUAGUUUCUUUAACCUCCACAGUUGUUCAUCAGAAAGACCAAAAACCGCACAACUUUGAGACAAUCAGUAAAAACAAAGUCCCUCCUGACCCUCGGAUGAUUUUUCUACAAGAACUUUAUUAUAUUUAGUGAAGCCGUGCAAAGUUUUUUCAAUGUUUUCUGCCAAAAUCUGCCUAUAUCUGGAUAAAAAGUGGACAGACCUGGUAUCAGAUGUCGAUAAAAUGAGAUUUUAUCGACAUUUGAUACCAGAUUUUUCAAUAUUUGUCAAAAUGGCUCAACAACUGUUCAACAUGACAAAAGAUGUUCAAAAUUACACUAAAUUGCCUCAAAAUUAUUGAAAUUUGUCCAAAAAAUGACAGAAACCUUCCAAAAGGACUCAGUAUUUCCCCAAAUCAUUUCAAAAAUGUAUAAAAAAGGACCUGAAAUUUUGUCGUAAAUGACUCGAAAUUUGCCAAAUAUCUUCAGACUGACACACCUGGAUGGAUUUAAACUGAUCUGGGGUCAGUUUUUACCAGAACUCAGAUGUUUCUCCUCCUAAAGUCAUGGUUCUAUCUGAUGGACUGAUGAAGUUCUGGAAAAGUCCAUAAAAAGGUGAUAAAUCUGGACCCACCUCUGUGGACUUCAAGCACCUGGAAUGUUCUAAGAGAGACUAAACUUAAAGACUGGAAGCAGGAAAGGAGAACAUCUCCUGGCGAAAGUUCUAGAGUAGAACUACGCUAGAACUUUGUCCAGGGAACGUUCUCCUCUAUGGACUUCAAGAACCUUGAAGUUUCCAAUUCUGAAUGUUGGAUGAGAGACUAAACUUAAAGACUAGAAACAAGAAAGGAGUAUGUCUCCUGGAGAAAGUUCUAGAGUAGACCUACUCUAGCACCAGUUGUCAGUAGGUUCUGGAGGUGGAGAACAACUUUUAUCAAGGAUAAACCGAAGUCCAUCACCAAACAGGAAGUCGGAUCAAAAGUCAUGGAGUGUUUACAGUAGAGUUUUUAUCCAUUUCUACGGCGUCUCAGAGGGCUCAAAGUGUUAUGAGUAUGAAGAUAUGAAUGCUUCUGUUGCUUGUCUCAUGAUUUAAUCGUCUUCUGUUCACGAUAUUUAAUCGAAGCAGUUAAACUUCACGUUUCAGUUCCAGUCACAAGAUUCAUGCCAGAAACAGAUCUCCACCAUUGUGAGAAGUUGUUCUGCUUUUUAGGAGUCUGUGUAGCAUUCUGGAAUGAAAACCCUCCGUCGCUCCACACAAAACCAAAAACGAGCAGAAAGAAACGCGUCGUUCUGUCGUCCAAACUCUGGAUCCACAACGAGAAAUAUUUCAUAUUUUAAUUUCAGUCUGUAAAAAACUAAAUAAAAAGACAACAAGCAGCACGACGCGUCUGUUUCCUGUCCGACAGGUGAGCUGAACACCUGAACGCUACGCUACGCCUUUGUCGGCUGUUUGAAUGUUUGUCUUCAGCACAAAGUGGAACCCAAAUACGCAGUGUUCUGGUUCAGUAUGAGGAGACAGAACCUGAGGUAGAACCAGAGAACUUUCAUGUCAUUUAUGAUAAAGUUAUGAACAUAAUGCUAGCUAGCUAGCUAGCAUCCACCUGGUGGAACAACCAGGAACUACAACCGACAUACAUCAGCUGACAUCAUGGAGAGAAAACAGGUUUGCUGCAGUACAUCCUUCAUUUACCUUCUAAUAGUACACACUAAUUGGAAAUGAAUGAAGUAGAGAUGAAGAUGUUGGUGUUUAAAGAUAUUUUAUUGGUAAACUGGUUUAAACUGGUCUGGUCUCCUCCAUACAGAACCUCCAGGUCUAUCAGACACGGUUCUGAUGCUGCCAAACAUCUAAAUAAGGGCUGCUUCCUUCAGGCCUCGUCGUCUUCGUGCCUCUUCUCUGAAACCGAUGUUUCAGUUUCACACAAACGCCAUCCUUCCUUUGUUUUCUCCGUAAACAGGCGGUUUUCUGCUUGAAGCAUCUGUUGAAAUCUGUGUUUUCUGACUGUUUAUGUGCUCUAAAGAAUCUGUAGUUCCUGGAAGAGCAAGUCUGAUUUUAGAACAGAGAGACGGAAGUUUUACUGGUUUAACUGCAAGUGUUCGUCCAGAUUCUGUACAUUUGAGUUUGAUUUCAGAUCUAAAUGAGGAUCUACUGUGAGAAACCAACAGAUGAACUGUUAUUUAAUGGUUUAUAAACUCAAACAUCACCACUGAGUUCCUUUCUCUACAUUUCAGUGUAAAUAAACCAAGAUUCAACUCAUUCUCUUAAAAAAACAACCUCCAGUUUACCUGAAAAAAGCUCAGUCUGAGGUUUACUUUUGUUCCAUUUAACUUCUAAAAUGAAUCUUUUUAAAUGUUGAGAUGUCAGAACAACAAGGGCUUCUAUCAGACGGUGUGAAAAUAUGAGUUUUAUCUCUGAAAACAUCCAAGAUUUAAGGACAUUACUGAUCCCUGCCAAGAACUGUUCAUGUGGUUUUCAUUCCUGCAGUCACACACUGCUGCUCUGUCAGAGGUCAAAGAAAGUCUCAGUAAUCAUCACGAAAGCAUCCAUGUUUCAGCUGUACAAACACGUUUCACCAUGCUGAAUGUAUCUCCAACAAGUUGCUCAUCAAGCUCACACUUCCUCUGUGUGAAGCCGUCCAGUGACUCAAACUUUGUUCAAAAUGACUCAAACUUUGUAAAAGAGUCCAGUUAAAAGGGUAAAUAUUCCACUAAAUACUUUAUUUCUGUGAGUAUUUGUUAUUAUAUUUUAUAUCCAGGUAAUAAAAUACAUAUUUAACUAUAAUUCAUGGAUAUUUGAUGAAUUAUAAUCAUAAACAGGUUUUAAAAAACACUAUUAAAUCAAUAUUUAUGUGUUUAUAUUGGAUAUAAUUUUAUCGUUUCAUUGUUUAUGUACAUGUAAUAAGAAUAAAUAUAUUUUUGUGUUAGUACAUAUAAGAAUGAUUAAUUAUAAUUAGUCAUUAUAAAAAGGACCAUAAAGUGCAUAUUUAUGUUUAAUUUAAUAAAAUUUGAUGAUCUGUUGUAAACGAGCAGUAGAAACAUCAAGAAAAUAAUUAUUUUCAUUAUAAGCAGAUUUAAAAAACAUUAGCAGCAUUAAAUAUUUGAAAUUAAUUAAAAUAAAACAUACAGAAUUGUGCAGCACUUAUUGUUUUUAAAUGUGCUUCUUAAAUAAAUUUGAUUUGACGUAUUAAUAAAAGACAAAUAACAUUUACACUCAACGAAAACAUAAACCAACACUUUUGUUUUUGCUCCCAUUUUUUAUGAGAUGAACUCAAAGAUCUAAAACUUUUCCCACAUACACAAUAUCACCAUUUCUCUCCAAUAUUGUUCACAAAUCUGUCUAAAUGUGUGAUAGUGAGCACUUCUCCUUUGCUGAGAUAAUCCAUCCCACCUCACAGGUGUUCCAUAUCAAGAUGCUGAUUAGACACUAUGAUUAGUGCACAGGUGUGCCUUAGACUGCCCACAAUAAAAGGACACUCUGAAAGGUGCAGUUUGGUUUCAUUGGGGGGGGUCCACUCCUCUUCAAUCUCUGUGUGAAGUUGCUGGAUACUGGUGGGAACUGGUCCACGCUGUCGUAUUCGCCGAUCCAGAGCAUCCCAAACAUGCUCAAUGGUGACAUGUCUGGUGAGUCUGCUGGCCAUGCAAGAACUGGGACGUUUUCAGCUUCCAACAAUUGUGUUCAGAUCCAGUCUGAGGCACACCUGGUCACUGAUCAUGGUGUCUCAUCAGUGGGAUGGAUUAUCUCAGCAAAGGAGAAGUGCUCACUGUCACACAUUUAGACAGAUUUGUGAACAAUAUUGGAGAGAAAUGGUGAUAUUGUGUAUGUGGAAAAAGUUUUAGAUCUUUGAGUUCAUCUCAUAAAAAAUGGGAGCAAAACAAAAGUGUUGCUUUUAUAUUUUUGUUGAGUGAAAUAAUAAUAAUAAUUUAUGAUUAAUUUAGUCAUAAAUGGAGCCUGAAGCUUCUCGUUGGGGUUUUUAUUUAAUAAUAAGUCAAAGUUGUUGAUGAUAUUUUUAGUGAAGAGGAUUUUUUUAAGUUAAAGAAUAAAUAAUAAUAAUAAAAAUUUGGUUUAAUUUUCAGGUUGAGUUUAGUAAAAGAUCCCAGUUUGGGUUAAAUAUUCGUCAUUAGAGUGACAACUGAGAACAUUUGUGACGUUUUCAGGUUUUUAUAAAUAAUCUGGACUUUAAGAAAUGAGUUUAAAUGUGACGACACCGACGGAGCAGCAGUUCCUGACAUCUGGGAAUGAAACCGAAUAAACCUGAAUGUAUCCUAAAGAUCUGCAGCUAGACGAGGAUUUUAAAGUGUUUCUGAGACGUCUGCUGGUUUCAACAGAAAAGACGGAUGUAGCCGCUGUAGCGCCACCUGCUGGUCUGUUAGCCGCUCAUUUAAAGCCUCACAUUCAAGGAGAUUUGUUGUUUUAUCAUCUGUUUUCCUCUAAAUCAAACCAUCGUUCCUAAAUUAACAACAAGAUGUGUUGAAAACUUCAAAUUAGUGACUGAACCCAGAAACUGAUCAGGAAAUAUUAAUUAAUAUUUCAUAAACCAAAGCUACAAAUGUUAAAUCAGACAAAUAUUGAACAGAAAUACAAGUAAAUAAAUGAUUUCUACAACAUUAAUAAAACAAAAUAAAAGCAUUUUAAACAGCACAUUUACACCCUCUAGUGGACAGAUUAUAACGCUGGUGUUACGAAAAGACGCUAACAAAAGAAAAUAUUCAGGUUAAAACUCUAUAGAGGGAUUUAUGGAAUGAUUUUAUCUGAGAAAUGUAAAAUGACUCCAAAUUUAUCUAAAAUGAUUCAAAUAUUUCCAAGAUGAUUUCUAAAAAAUUCUAAAUUAUUCAAAAAUGUUCCAAAAUGAUUAAACAUUUCUCCAAAAUGAUUCAAUUUUUUUUUAAAUUAUUCAAUUUUUUUAAAUGAUUCAGUUUUUUAAAUAAAAUUAUUUAAAAUUGUCCCAAAUUAUUUUUAAAAAUGUAAAAAAUUAUUCCAAAUUUAUCUGAAAUGACUCAAAAUUUUCCAAAAUGAUAAAAAAAUUAAUAAAUUGUUACAUUUUUUCAAAAAUGAUUAAACAUUUUUUCAAAAUUAUUAAAACAUUUUAAAAAAUAAUUAAAAUUUUUCCAGAUUGAUUCAAAAAUUUCCCAAAUUGAUUCAAUCUGGAAUUUUUUUUAAUUAUUCAAAAUAUCUUUGAAAUGAUUCAACAUUCUUUAAAAUGAUUCAAAAUUUGUAAAAAAUUUCCAAAAUGAUAAAAGAAAUUUAAUUUAUUGUUCAAAUUUUUUCCAAAAUAAUCAAUUUUUUCUAGUCUGACUCAAAAAUUUCCAGUGACAAUUUGAUUCAAACAUUUUUAAAAUGACUCAAAAUUUCUCUUAAGCUGCUCAAAAUUUUCCAAAAUUUUUUCUAAAUUUUCCGAAAUUUUCUAAUUUUUUCCACAGUGAUUCAAAAUUUCUCAAAUGAUUCCAUAUGUUUUAAAAAUGAUUCAGAAUUUCUCUGAAUCGAUUCAAAAUUUUUCCAGAAUGAUUCCAAGUUCCUCUAAAUGAUCUCCUGGCCCUUGUGACCCAGGAGUCCAUUAUUGAUGUGGAAAUUCAGGAAUAAACUUUUUAAAAUAUGACUUCAUUUAUUUAUGAAACACUUGAAGGAUGAGAACCUACAGAAUGAAUAAUAAAGCUAAUUUAGCUGAGAAGCUACGGCGCUUUAAAUUACAGAGAAUCUUUAUUGAAGUUUCAGAUGAACAGAAAAAUAAUUUCCCGUUGAUUUAAUCAGAUUGAUUUUUCCCACCAGACUCACCCCCUACUGGCGGUUAGAGAGAAUGCAUGCUAACGGCUACGUCCAUCUUUUGCAGACUGUUAGCUCCGCUAGCUGUUAGCAUCUUACUAAGCUAACUGUCUCCACCCUUUAACCUGCUGGUGGAUUAUUUUCAUAUUUCAGACGAUGUUUCAGGAUUAACGAUGAUUUAAGGUGGAAUGUUAUUCUGACUUAAGGUGGAAUGUUAUUCUGAUUUAAGGUGGAAUAUUUUGCUGAUUUAAGGUGGAAUAUUCCGCUGAUUUAAGGUGGAAUAAUCUGCUGAUUUAAGGUGGAAUAUUUUGCUGAUUUAAGGUGGAAUAUUCCGCUGAUUUAAGGUGGAAUAAUCUGCUGAUUUAAGGUGGACUAUUCUGCUGAUUUAAGGUGGAAUAUUUUGCUGGUAUAAGGUGGAAUAUUCUGCUGAUUUAAAGUGGACUAUUCCUCUGCUUUAAGGUGGAAUAUUUUGCUGAUUUAAGGUGGAAUAUUCCGCUGAUUUCAGGUGGACUAUUCUUCUGCUUUAAGGUGGAAUAUUUUGCUGAUUUAAGGUGGAAUAUUCCUCUGAUUUUAAGGUGGAAUAUUCUGCCGAUUUAAUGUGGAAUAUUCCGCUGAUUUAAGGUGGAAUAUUCCUCUGACUUAAAAUGGAAUAUUCCACUGAUUUAAGGUGGAAUAUUUGUCUGAUUUUAAGGUGGAAUAUUCCACUGAUUUAAGGUGGAAUAUUCUGCUGAUGUAAAGUGGACUAUUUUGCUGAUUUAAGGUGGAAUUGGUCCCUUUUUUCUGAAUGUUUUUCUAAAUGUUUCUUCAGCCUCUGAACAGUGUUUCUGUCUGCUUUCCUUAAAGAUGUAUUUUUCUUCUGGAUCAUGUUUAAAUAAAGAGAUUUUAAAACCAA